CCUUCGGUCGAUCGAUCCAUCUGGGACGCCCUUCAAUCUACCCUUGAAGAAAUAGCACCAGGCUCCAGGAUGCCGUGCGGUCACCCGAUCUGGCGGCGGAAGACCCUCGGAAACCAGCAGGAGAGCCGCGGUGGGCGUCAGAUCUGGAAGCCCUCGCGCGCGCCGCCUCAGAUCCGCCGGAGGAGAAAGAAAGCCGCCGGAUCUGCACCAAACAGAACAAAAAAAGAAAAACCCAACGAACCCCCACCAAGAUCAACAGGAGAGAGCCACGGGUCGCCGGAUCAGAAAAAACAAACUGUACAAGAAACAAAACUAUACAAAACAACCAACAAACAAAAGAACAAAAGGGGUCACCGGAAAGGGACCCAUAAACCGACAGACCCCGAAGGGUCAUCGGAGGACGGAGCACAGGCCGGCUCCAGCAUGCUUGAGCGGCCGGGGAGCCCCCAGCGGCUCAAGCAUCAAAACGUCGGAAGCUCAAAGGCUUCCGACCAAAAAAACCACCGCGCCGGAAAAGGCAGGCAGAUGCAAGAGAGAAGGGAGAGAAAAGGGGAAAGAAGAAAGAGAAAGUUUUUACUAAAGAGCUUAUUGUCCCCACGCUUGGAAUUUUCAGAAUGUGAUAUUAACAUAGGACAAUGAUAUAUGCUUCCUAGUUUACAAUGCAUUUUUGUUUUUUAGUUUUAGUCUAUUAUUAUUUUUAAGGGGAUAUUUAGUCCAACAAUCAAAAUGAGAGGUGGUU